CGAGACACCAGAGACAGAGACAGACCUGCUGCUUCUGCUAUGGACAGUGUGAACAGUGACACGUUGGAGAUUCCAGCUCUGGGUCGACCUUUUAAACUGGGAAUGUUGUACGACGCCAGAACCGACAAACUGGUGCCAGGCAUGACGCUGUGGGACCAUGAGAAGCUGCAGCAGGACAUGAUGGAGACACUGAAGCCCAACAGUGAGUUUGAGAUGGUGGCCUCAGAGUCCAUCUCAGACAAGUCCUCCUCUCUGGGCGUCGAAGCAGCGCUGAAGGCUAGUUUCUUUUGUGGCCUCGUCACUGUCGACGGCUCUGCCAAAUACCUGAAGGACACGAAGACCUCCAAACAGCAGGCGAGAGUCACUCUGCAGUACAAAAGCACCACACGCUUCAGACAGCUGACCAUGAACCAACUCGGGAGAGGAAACAUCAAGCACCCGUACGUCUUUGAAAAGGGCCUGGCCACACACGUGGUCACCGCCAUCCUCUACGGCGCUCAGGCCUUCUUCGUGUUCGACCGAGAAGUGUCAGACUCUGAGAACCUACAGGACAUCCAGGGAAACCUCCAGGUGAUGAUCAAGAAGAUCCCCUGCAUCUCCAUCGAGGGGGAAGGAGCUCUGAAGAUGGAAGACAAGGACAGAGAAAAGGUCCAAAUGUUCUCCUGCAAAUUCUACGGAGACUUCAACCUGAGUCAGAAUCCGGUGACAUUUGAAGAUGCGGUGAAAGUUUAUCAGGAGCUGCCCACACUGCUGGGCCCGGACGGAGAGAAGGCAGUGCCAGUGAAAGUGUGGCUGCUGCCACUUGCCACGCUGGACUCUGCAGCGGCUCGCCUGGUGCGGCAGGUCAGUGUGGGACUGGUGUUUGAGGUGGAGAGAACAUUGGAGCACCUGGUAGAGCUGGAUAUGAAGUGCCGUGAUGUUUUAAAGAGCGCAGUCUUACAGCAGUUUCCUCAGAUAGCCACAAAAAUCAGAACCUUCAAGGGCCUNCUGAAUUAA